AUAUCUAAUUCUAAUAAUGUAACAACCAUUAUAUCAUUCGUGCAUUGACGUAUAUAUUAAUAUAGUUGAGGACAAUGCCAUUGUGAAAUUUAUGAAACUUUUCAGAAAUUGGUUUAGCUUAGAUGGGUUUCACUGUUGGGUUAGUAAGAAAUGUCUUCUCAAGAAAUCAUGCUAUUAGGUCUCAUGAAAGAAAGAUAAUGAGACGAAAUUCUUCGGAAAAUAGAAGAUGGAUAUCUGUUAAAUCAUAUCUGUGUGGCAAUGAAUUCAAUUCAGUUCUUGCUGAGGAAGAUUCAGCUUCAAUUAAAAGCUCUGAAGUUACAGUUACACAAUCCAUACAAGAAGAUUUGUUGAGUGAUAAAGGAGAAACCAAGAGUGAAGAAACUGUUGAGAAUGUAAUAGAGAAAGGUACUAAUUCAAACUCCAAAUCAUUGAAUGAAGAAGAAGCAGCUAUUAUUAUUCAAUCAGCAUAUAGAAGUUUCAAGUUGAGGUGUAAAAAUGAAGAAAUCAUAAGGUCAGAAACUGAUGAAGAGAAGCUGAAUUUAGUAACAGAAAGUCCAGAUAGAAAAUCUAUGGCCACAUCAGUUGAAGUACAAACAGGGAAUUCCAUUGAAAUUUUCUCACUUGAAGGACAAAAAAUGAGCAUUUACAACAGAAUUCAGAACAGGAACAGAACAAGAGCAAUAAAGCAAAAGGAAGAUUGGGAUGAUAGUACUGUGAGUAGCAAUGUUUCAAAAAUGAGGAUGCAGAACAGAAUGGAGGCAUCAACAAGGAGAGAAAGAGCAUUGGCUUAUGCCUUCUCACAACAGCCAAGAAUAUGUUCAAAGAGAAAAUUAGCAAAACAUGAGAACAACAUGGAACAAAAUAUGAGCUGGAGUUGGCUUGAAAGAUGGAUGGCAACCAGACUUCAAGACACUUCAUCAGUUGAAAGCCAUGCUAUGAAUCAGUAUGAAAAUUUCAACACUGAUGAUCUUCACAAAUUCACUAUAAAGACAAGAUUUUUAGAUGCUUCUGGUGGUGAAGAAAAAGAGAGUUGUGGAUCAAAUGAAGUGCCACUUCAUUUUGAUAACUAUUCAAUAAAUUCACAAGAUGAAACAGUUAGCAGCUUCAAAUUGCCAACAACAAAAAAGACUAAUUUUAAAGCUAGGAGAACUGUGUCUAGAAGGAAAACUGUGCCAAGUUAUCAGUUCCAUGAUGAGAAUCCUAAGGUGAGCAUUAAAGAUGGUUCAAGCAAUGCUAUUAAGGAUAUUAAGCAAAAACCAAAGCAAGAUGGAAGCAAGACAGAAAUAAGUCAAAUGACAAUUAACACCACCAAAACUUCUUCUGAUGAGUAACUUCUUACAUUAAUAUGUCAAAUAAACCCAACUAAUUAUGUGUGUCUAGUAUUUGAAAAUAGGAAGCAGAACAAAAAUAACAACAGUAC